AUGUCCAGGACGGCGGCGCCUCCUAGCGCACUCUUGCCGCGCAACACCGCCUCAUGGAACCACUUGGACCGGUCCAGCGCCCUCUACGGUUAUUUUGUGCACCUCUUCUACGGCGGCGAGGACCUCACGCUCGAGGUGGCCGAAGCUCGUCAGUUUGUGCGCGAGUUCGCCGCGUUUUGCCAGCGCGAAGGCGUGUCGCUCGAGCCCUUUGACGUCGACGCCGGUCUUUGCGCCUUGCACGCGAGCGGGCAGAUUCAUUUAUAUGCGCUCGUCGAAGAGCUCGUCGUGCUCGUGCAGUCCGAGUAG